AUGCGCUAUUUUGAAGUUGACUUUGUGUUAGUACGAGGCCCUCCCGAAAUAAACGGACGCUUUCGCUUAAGGGUACCGGGAGACAGCACACCCGUUAUUAUUGGUCGAGGCUUGCACUGCGCGGCGGUUUUGGAUCCUUGGUUGGUGUUUGCUUCCCAGGUCCAGUGUAGUUUAUUCUGCAUCAGUCCUCCUGUACCGACUGAGGCGUAUAAGGAUGACGACAAGGAGAAAACAUUGAGUAUGCCAUCCACAGUUUCACUUCCAGAUUCUAGGCAAACAUUGCCGUUGCCGAGUCUCUACAUCUUAGAUAUGUGUAGUAGUAAUGGGACUUUUGUCAACAACACUCGUAUAGGAAAUAUUGAGCCUGUCCUCCUCAAGGACGGCGAUUCAUGUAUUUUCGGUGGUAUGCGAGAUGUUCUCGUUGGUGAAGUACUACCCCCUAAUGCCUUUGAUGGGCCAGAGCUAUGCACUUGGAGGGUGAAUAUCCUUAACGGGAAGGACGGGGUCACCGAGCGCGUUUACCAGCCUACUCCGACCCUGUAUCCCACUCCUGAGCGCCUUGAGUGUGAGGAACGAGAAGUUGUAGAAACAGUCUUACGUACGUUGCAGGGGAAGCCUGCAAUCAUGACUGCAAGCGACAUGUUGACCCCUGGGCAGGUCUUAACAUGUCCCUCAGGUAGUGUCGCAAUUACACCGCUUGCCACGGUGUCACAGAGACUAUUUAACAACCCUAACCCUCAGCAGCAGGUAUGGAGUGGGCAAACUGAUCCCUCUGAUUGGGAUGAUAAUCAGAUGAAGGAGAGUAAGUUUCACCCAUGCAAAAUUUUUGUGGGUGCUGCAGUAGAUUUCGAUGAAAACAUAGAGAGGCUUCUCAUUAACCAUGAGGAGAAGGACAUGACAGUUUUUGGAAAAGAGGGCGAGGCGGCAUUACCGGCGCCGUCAUUUUUAUCAAAACGUGUGGAGCAGGUGAUGGAGGACAUCCACAAUGAACACAAUGAAGGAAGUUCGCCACGCUCUGAAACAGUGGCUUCUCGGCUUACAACUGAGUACAAUGCCGGUAGAGAUGGCAGCAUGUCACUUAUUGAGUCUCACGCUAGCAGCUGCAGCACAGGUCUUCUUACUAAAGCGAUAAACACUAGAUUUUCACCCGCUUCAAUGAUUUCCCAAGUAGUGCAUCGGCCAGCUACUGCAUAUCUACGUGCCGUUCGCUUAGGUCGUCAUAUUUUCCGUGUGCAAGAGGAAAAAUUUUUAGACGCUACCGCUGCCGAAACGAUCGACAAUAUAUCAGCUCUAGAUUCCAAUAAAAAAUCUGAAAAUAACAAUUGCUCAAGUAGUGCGAAGGAGUUAGAAGCACGCAACACUAAGACAGCAACAAGAUGGUGUAAACAAUCAUCUUCCCGAGUCAGCAAUCUUACACCUGAUAAAACAACUAAAAAGAAAAGACUUGAUCACAAUGACCUUAGUGAGGUUGCGACACCGAGACCUCCGCAACUUUCUUCGGUUUCCCCAUCGCCUUUUAUGCUGCAAUUCACAGAAACUCAUUGGAAAUGGUGUAUGGACAAUCCAAACAACUUUUAUGAGCCUAGUAUGAAUAACAAAAUCCGUGCCAAUGAUUCUCCUAGCGUAUUUCAAUGUAUUCUUCCGGUGAAUUCGGUAGGUGCUAUUUAUGCCUGUAGCGAGCGUAUGGGAAUUGCUGUUCAGUUAAAGGAGGGCUGUCAGGUUCCAUUAAUUCGGUCGGAAGUGCUUAGCGGAGGCCCAGAGUACCGUUACAUUGUGUGGACGUUACAUCGCCUUGUAAUGACUAGCAGCAGUCAAGAAGUUAAUGAUACUAUCAAAUCCAAAGGCAUCAAAGCCCAUAAAUUAAAGCGACACAAAAAGGGGAAAGACCGGCGAACACAAAAAGAAGUGCUUUCGUCCUCACUUAAUUUGGAAAAAGAGGAGAUCAAGGAUGUUGAUUUUGAAACAUGGUUAGAACAAUUGGAAGCCUUUUAUAAUCCUUAUAAAGUUCCACCGCUUCAUAUGCUGGAUGCGUUAACGUUUGAUAAAUUUUUAUCCACACCUAUACAUUAA